CCGCCGCAAUCUUCCGCUCCAUUUCGAAACUCCCGACCGUUGCUUCUCCCCCCACCCACCCCCGCGCCGCACCUAACGGCUACCACAUCUCCGCGCGAGAGGGAGAGAGAAGGGGGGAUGGCAUCGAGAAACGCGGUGGACAGCCCCAGAUCCGUCCCGCGGCGGCAGGCUGUGGCGCCCAAGGACGGCGGCGGCGGGGGUCUGCUCAGCCCGCGGUUCCGCUCGGCGGCAGCUUUGGCGGGGUGGGAUGAGGAAUCCGUCCUUCUCGCGGCACUCGUCGUCGAGGACACCCCCGUCCGCGAAUCGCGCCGCAAGAGGCGGUCCUCCACCUCCGGCGGCGGCAGCGCUGGAUCCAGCACCAGGAAGAGGAGAUCUCGGAGGCAGUCGGGGGGGAUACCGCAGGUGGUUCUUGCGCUCGACGACGAUGAGAAGCCGGGCAACGCGGCAGAUGGUAAGAAGGAGGGGGAGGGGGCGAAGGAGGGGGAGGAGGAGAAGGUUGUCGUCGCGGGGAACGAGGGGGCGUCCGGGUCUGGCGGGGAGGCGGCGGCGGCGGGCAAUCUGCCUUGCAUGGAUCAGCUCCGGGAGGAGCUUUCUUGCGCGAUUUGUCUGGAGAUCUGCUUUGAGCCGAGCACUACACCUUGUGGGCACAGCUUCUGCAUGAAAUGCUUAAAACAUGCUGCAGCCAAAUGUGGAAAACGCUGUCCUAAAUGCCGGCAAUUAAUAAGUAAUUCAAGAUCGUGCACAGUCAACACGGUACUCUGGAACACCAUUCAGCUCUUAUUUCCCAGUGAAGUUGAGGCGAGAAGGAUUUCGAUCGCAUCAUCUUCAUUAUGCAACGACAAUGUAAACCAAAGCCCACCAAGAAGCACUAACUUUUCACAAGGUGGCAUGAGAACUAGGAACAGCGGUGGCAGCUUCAUCACAGAAGGCAGAACAAGAAGCAGUUACAGGAGCUUCGUCACACCAAGCAGCAACACAAGAAGCAGCAGCACCAGUGGGAGCUUCAUCACCACACAUGGUGGUGGCACAAGAGGCAGUAGCAGCAGGAGGGGCUUUGUCCCGGCUUCGCAGUUGGUCAGUUCCAGGAGCUCGGUGAGAUCAGAUCAAUCUGACGAUGCUACAUUGGCUUACAGGUUGCAGCAGGAGGAGUUCAUGAAUGCUUUUGAGACCGAGGAGGAGAGGCCACCACAGAAUACCGUGUCAACUGCUCGAGAAAAUUUGAGAGCCAUGGCCUCCCGAGCCAUUCGCCUUCGAGCUCGUGGCUGGCCUGUUUAAUUUUGCUUGCUAGUUUUUGGUUUACUAGUAGAAAUCUCCUCUUCUGCUAAACUAUAGCAGAAGUGUCGUGGUGGCCAUUCACUUGUAUUGUAUUGAUAGCCUGAUCUAACUUGCCACUUGAUAAAAAGGAUAGAUUCUUGUAUGUUCGGCUGGCCUUAGUUCAUUUGUGCCCAAACGAUUCACUGCUGUACCUGACUGGUCAGAAUUUUUUCAAGUGAACUUCACCAA